AUGUUGAGUCGAAAAACUAACAUUAGGGUGGACGAGUUACUUCAGACUCUAUAUGACGCAUUCGAUUGGGUGGUCCGGAGUAUUGCUAAACAGGUUGGAAGAAGACUCAAGAAGGCGGCGCCGCGUCGAGCUGAAAACAUAAAAAAUUGUCAAGCUGCGAUAGAUCAAACAAAUCUAUAUGUGUUAUCUAAAGAUGAUGAAGGAAACUACGAGGUUGAAAAGAAAUCAGAUGGCAUCGUCUACUUUGUCCGAGAUAACUUAGGAUGUCUCUGUUUCCAAGAUGAAAAUUGUCAUUGCGUCUGUGGGGCGUGUUCCUACCGUUUCACGUGCACUUGUUUGUACCAAUUGAGUGGAAUCUCUUGCAAACACAUCCACUUGGCGAUUCGAUACGAUAGUUCGAUUGAAGAAGAACAGUUUCGAGACGAGACGGAGCCAUUCGCGAACCUCGAUCCUUAUGAUAACACUACAACUUUCGAUUUGCCUGACAGCUUCAACCCCCCUCUUUCAUAA